AAUCUGUCCCUAGCGACGCUUACACUGGGCAAAAUGACAAGAUCGGCAACGUUAGUGCUCUUCCCUUUUUUAAUUGCGGGAGCGAUCGCUCUGGAAAAUGGGCUCGCCCGGACUCCUCCGAUGGGUUGGCUGUCAUGGCAACGAUACAGGUGCAUCACCGACUGCAAAAAUCGACCCAACGACUGCAUAAGCGAAGGGCUUUACAAGAGGAUGGCUGAUAGACUCAUCGCAGACGGCUACCGUGACGUCGGCUACGAGUACGUUAACGUAGACGAUUGCUGGAGUCUAUUGGAGCGUGACAAUGUGACCGGCAGACUCGUCGCAGAUCCUGCGAGGUUUCCCAACGGAAUAGCAGCUCUGGCAGAAUACAUGCAUGACCGCGGCCUAAAGCUCGGAAUCUACGGCGAUGCAGGGACGAAAACUUGCGGAGGUUAUCCCGGCAGCGAAGGCUACUUCGACGUCGACGCUCAAACAUUCGCCGAGUGGGGGGUGGAUAUGCUAAAACUCGACGGCUGUUACCUCGAUACAGACGCCAUGGCGGACGUUUACCCGAAGAUGACGAGAGCCUUGAACGAGACGGGUCGUCCGAUUCUUUAUUCUUGUAGUUGGCCCGCUUAUCUGAUCGGAAAAAAACUCGACUACGAGUCCAUCCAGGAGCAUUGCAACAUCUGGAGGAAUUUCAAUGACAUCGAUGAUGCGUGGACUUCAGUGAAGUCGAUAAUCGACUUCUAUAAAACCAAUCAGCGCACCUUUGUUCAAGUCGCGAAGCCCGGCGCCUUCCACGACCCCGACAUGCUCAUCAUCGGGAACUUCGGACUGAGUUUGGACCAGGCGCGAGUCCAGAUGGCCUUGUGGGCGAUUUUCGCGUCACCGCUCCUCAUGUCAAAUGAUCUCGAGAAAAUCGGUCGCGCUGAAAGGGAGAUUCUUCUGAACCGUCACGUGAUCGCAGUGAAUCAGGACAGUGACGGUAUAAUGGGCUCGAUGGUGGAGAAAAGCGGAGACUUCGAGGUCUAUAGUCGACCCGUGCGGCCGAACCGAAAACCUUCCACAUCUCGUGUUUUCGCAAUCAUGAACCGCGUUGAGGGAGGAGCCCCUUCACCUUACACCCUGUGCGCUUCAGAUCAGCUCGGACUCUCUUCGGGGCGCGGUUACUACGUUACAGAUCUCUUCGCCAAUAAUCGUCUGAUCGGUGUGCUUCGGCCGGGCGAUAAUCUCACCGUUGAGGUCAAUCCAUCCGGAGUCGUACUCCUCAAAGCCACGCUGAUAGACGCCGAUUCUGAGCAGUAGAGAAUCAAAAUUUUCUCGAAAUGAUAAUUUUUUCU